AUGUCAACAAAACCAUAUCCGGCCCUCGAAUCUUACUUAACCAGAACUGCACCCAGUUCCGUGUCAUACUUAGGGUUUUUGGAAUCAAACCGCUCUUUAGUUGUCAAAACACCUCCAUUAUUGAAUUUACCACCAACGGUGCGAGUCGCAGAAGAGGUAUAUUUUCCUAGCCCAAGUAAUAGUGAAGAGCACCUCUUGACAGCUCCUUAUUAUCAUAUCGCAUAUUCAUAUACAUUAUUUUCAAAGGAUACUCAUUCGUAUUGGGAAGAAGUGAUAGAUGAACGCAAGAAGGCAGGAACUAUUCGAUCAAAAACAAUUGAUAUAUACCAAGCUGUGGGGGAGAACGUUGGUGAUGAAAUCGUGGACGAAUGCCAACAAUCAUCGAAAAGACUCAAGAAGGACGAACAAGGACAAAGUCGAUCAAGAAGCGGAGCAGAUUAUCAUUCAGAAAAUAAUGUUGAAUCGCAGGAUCCAGUCUCUGCAUCUGAUGAUGAUGAUUCGGACGUAUCUGAUCAGGAAGCGAUUGAUAAUCAAGAAGUUAAGGAAGCGACAAACGAUAAAGUAGAAGUGACGAAGAAAAACAAAACGGGACCACUUAGACUAAGCGAAGCAAAUAGAAAGGAGGUUGACGAAGCUUACAAGUUAAUGGAUAGACGAUACAUGUGGAAACUUUCGUCGGGAAAAGUAAUCGAAGAUGAACUAUAUAAAUUAGGGAGGGAGCUGGAGUUUGAACAUGCUGUUCACUCAUUUAUCCUGGAUAUCGAUGACGAGUUGGUUGCAGACUGUUUCACCGAGACAGAACUUCGUGAGAUAAAGCUCACACCUAUCCCAGAAGUUCCCGAACUCUCAGAUGAAGUUAAUGAUUUUCUGAAUAAAUUUAUCGGAAAGACGAACUUAAAGGAAAUACGACAACUAAUAAAGGAAUUAAGUUUCGGUAUUGAUUAUGAUUGUGAAAAGCAUCACGAUAUGGACUACAUAUGCCUGGCUUUACAUGCGUUAAUUAGAGAAAUUGAAAGUGGAAAAAUAACGGAAGCAAAUCUAGAAAACUGGUUUAACUGCCACGUCUGGAGUAUGGUCUUUGACCACGCAUUCGAAAAUAUAAAGGCCAUAUCUGUCAUCAGAGGUGAAAGCACGAGUGUAUCGACAGCCACUCGAAAAAAUAAAAAAACGAAAAGGAAAUUAGGGGACCGUCGAAAAAUUGGUCGUAGAGGAGACUGGAUCCUCAGAGCUGUCGGAAAUGGUGAUAAAAAUGAAUUUGGGGCGGGAGAGGCGGGUAAAAGUUGGGUUGACCAAUACGGAACGAAAUAUCUUAGAGAAGGAGGGCUGAAACUUCCAAAGGUACUUAAAGACAUGCUAUUAAACUUAAUGGAGAAAAUAGGUUGGAACGAAGAAGCACGCAAAAAAAUACAAACCAUAGGAAUUAUUCAUGGAGGCCUUAUGAUGACAAUAGCAUAUAUCGAUAACCCAAUGGGUUACAUUUGCAGAUUGCGACGUAGUGAUUUGAUGGAAGUGCCCGAUAUGGCCGAAAAAUUCGAAUCAAUUUUGACAACUCUUGCAUCGGUCUUGAAUAUAAAGUCUGUAGUCCGAGAGACGAUAAAGAUCGUCCAAAGAAGUGGACAGACUAACAAAUCAUUUAAGAGUGCCGGGCUUCGGAAACGAACUCGAAAUGAAAGUCAGCACCAUUUAUCUGCGUGCAUGUCAACCCCAAAGAAAGCGAGAGUGUGUAAAGUGAGUACCGAAAGACCAUAUCCUGCGUCACCAUGUCCAGGAUCACCAAAUGCUGAUCCAUUGAUUUAA